AUGACGAAGAGCACCGGGUACACCGCUUUCAACGCGGCCGAUCGAUCGCGCACCCUUCGAGAAAUGACGCAACGGGUCACUACGAACUUAUUCAUCGACUGUUGCACCGUCGUCCCUUGCUACCCGAGGAGCAAACGUCGCACGGAGGAGGAGGAAUCAUCAGACGAGAAGAUCUCGGAGAAGGAUGGUCUACGAGGAAAGGAAGAGCAACUGGAGAUGAAACGGAUGGCCUUGCCGAUGCUCUCCAGAACGAGCAAAAGGAACAGUUGCAGCGAGGUGAAGGAGUUCGAGAGCGACGGUGAAUCUUCCCUGUCGGACGUAUUCCCGAAGAGUGUGAUCAAAAAAUCGGACGAACAGAAGAGCUCGCCCUUGCACUCCGAGUUGUUCCCCAAGUGUCGAGUACGGAGAACCAGCCAGCAGAGAAGCUGCGAUAACAAUGACGGAAGUAGCUUGUCAGAAGCUUGCAGUACUCCGAUCAUUGGCGCUGGAUCACGAGCAGGCUCUAGUCACACGGUGAUCGACGUAGAUGACAUGGAUUCCGGGCUACAUUCUGGACAUCUUGCGACACGUGCAUCGUUGUCGAGUCUUGGAGCACGUUCAGAUUCAAUGGCGUCGGUUUAUAGCGGUGCCGGCGAAGGACGGUGUUGUCGCUCGGUCGUCGUCACGGGAGAAGUUGAAUUCGCAUUGCAAUACGACUACAAGCACCUAACGUUCGAGGUGCACGUAACGAAGUGCAAAAAUCUAGCACCAGUUGACGUAAAACGCAAACGAUCCGAUCCAGCUUGGAUGGUUCGCCACACCACGACAUUUCAGUUCCACAUGAGUCUGAGCGGCCUAGAGACCAGAACCCUGUGGCUCACGGUUUGGCAUUCAGACAUGUUUGGACGCAACGAUUUCCUCGGCGAGGUUCGAAUGCCAUUGGAGAACAAAAUCUUCGACGAUCCUACACCGAAGUGGUACCCGCUUCAGGAACGAACAGAACCGUUCGACGAUCCUGUUGCAUACAAGGGCGAGGUGAUCGUCGGCCUGAAGUUCGUGCCGCCAGAUCCCACGCAACAGGAACGAGACCGAGAAAUAGGGGUGGAUCGUGGUGCUUCGAAAUCGAAGAAGAACUGGAGUCGCGGCUCGUUGCACGUACUCGUGAAGGAAGCUAGAAAUUUGCAAACCAGGGCGAAGAAUUCAGGAACGUGCGACCCAUUCUGUAAAAGUUAUUUACUACCUGACAAAGGCCGUUCCGGGAAACAAAAGACUGGAGUGGUUCGCAGAUCUGGCGGUUCACCGGUAUGGGGUCAUACUUUCAUUUAUAAGGACGUGAGCCUGCAAGAAUUGGCAGAACGUGGCCUCGAAUUGACAGUCUGGGACCACGAUCGUAUCGCUAGCAACGAAUUCUUGGGCGGAGUUCGAUUUAAUCUUGGCACAGGGAAACACUACGGGAAACCAGUGGACUGGAUGGACGCAACCGGUCGAGAGCUCUCGCUAUGGCAAAGCAUGCUCGAAAGGCCCAACUUCUGGGUCGAGGGUGCCGUGACAUUGAGGCCGAACCUGCAUAAUCACGGGAAGAACAGCACAUCAUCAUAA